CUGGCAAGCCCGGCCACCACCGUACACCCAAACCCCAUCCCAUCCCCCCGAACGCAGAAGAUCCCGUGCCAACCAACGGCGGCGGCGGCGACGGUGUGUGGACUCUAGACUAGGAGCCAAUCCAGGGCCAUCCACCCGUAGCCCCGCCCCGCCCCGCUGCCGGCAAUGGCGCGGCUCGUGCUCUCCGAGUGCUGCGGCCUCGCGCCGCUGCGCCUGCGCGCCGGCCGGGGCGCCAUUGCGGCGCCGUCGCCCCCCGCGCUCUCCGCAGCGGCGGCGCCGGGCCGCCCCGCGCCCGCGGCCAUCCACCGCGACUGGGCGCUCCGCGUCUCCGCGGCCACCCGCCUCACCUCCGCCGUCGAGGAGGACAAGAGGAGCUCCCCCCUUGGGGAGGGCGACGAGCACGUGGCGGCCAGCGGCGCCGCGGGCGGGGAGUUCGACCCGGGGGCGCCGCCGCCGUUCGGGCUGGCGGAGAUCCGCGCGGCCAUCCCCAAGCACUGCUGGGUCAAGGACCCCUGGCGCUCCAUGGCCUACGUGCUGCGCGACGUCGUCGUCGUCCUGGGGCUCGCCGCGGCCGCCGCGCGCCUCGACAGCUGGCUCGUCUGGCCGCUCUACUGGGCCGCGCAGGGCACCAUGUUCUGGGCGCUCUUCGUCCUCGGCCACGACUGUGGACACGGGAGCUUCUCGAACAACCCCAAGCUGAACAGCGUGGUCGGCCACAUACUCCAUUCCUCCAUUCUUGUCCCCUACCACGGAUGGAGGAUUAGCCACAGGACGCACCAUCAAAACCACGGCCACGUUGAGAAGGACGAGUCCUGGCACCCGCUACCAGAGAGGCUGUACAAAAGCCUGGACUUUAUGACUAGGAAAUUGCGGUUCACCAUGCCGUUCCCCUUGCUCGCAUUCCCGUUAUACUUGUUCGCAAGGAGUCCAGGGAAGUCAGGAUCACACUUCAACCCAAGCAGUGAUUUGUUCCAACCUAAUGAAAAGAAGGACAUCAUAACAUCAACGGCAUCCUGGCUGGCCAUGGUUGGUGUUCUGGCUGGUCUCACCUUUCUGAUGGGUCCUGUUACGAUGCUAAAGCUCUACGGAGUCCCAUACUUUGUAUUUGUUGCUUGGCUGGAUAUGGUUACAUACUUGCACCAUCAUGGCCACGAAGACAAGCUUCCCUGGUACCGUGGACAGGAAUGGAGUUAUCUGCGUGGAGGACUGACGACGCUCGACCGGGACUAUGGACUGAUUAACAAUAUCCACCAUGACAUCGGAACUCAUGUCAUCCAUCACCUUUUCCCUCAAAUCCCACAUUACCAUCUCAUUGAGGCGACCGAGGCAGCAAAACCGGUUCUUGGCAAGUACUACAAAGAACCAAAGAAGUCGGGUCCUCUCCCGUGGCACCUGUUUGGGGUGCUAGCACAAAGCUUGAAGCAAGACCACUAUGUUAGCGACACCGGAGACGUAGUGUACUACCAAACUGACUCGAAAACGAACACCUCUGCACAAAAAUCUGAUUGACACAGACUAUAGAACGUAGCGUAUUCUUCAUUUUUCUCAGGCGGGCUGUGCCUGAAGACCUGGCCAGCCUCCUGAGACCUCUGAUUGGUGUGUGUGUGACCGGGUUCGUCAAUUCAAGAAUGUAAGGUGGCGAAGUAUUAUCAUGUAUUUGAGUGAGGGUAUAAUUCUUUCCAAUGGUCGAAGUCGGAUGCUGCUUCCGAUGUAACGAACUGUGAUUCUUUGGGCAAGAGGUGUACUAUUACAGUAAAGAGUGAAAAAAAAGAGUUAGCUACAUGAAA